GUUGUUCCUUCCUUCCUGCUUUGCCCGCACGUUUCGUGAUAUGGGGCAGAGCCUCCGGUCCGCCAGCACCACCUGAGGAUCCCGGAAGCCGCCCCCCCGCGAUGGAAGAGGACCAGGAGCUGGAGAGGAAAGCAAUAGAAGAACUACUUAAAGAGGCAAAACGUGGGAAAACAAGAGCAGAAACAAUGGGACCUAUGGGUUGGAUGAAGUGUCCUCUUGCUGGUACAAAUAAAAGAUUUCUAAUUAACACAAUUAAGAACACACUGCCCUCCCAUAAAGAGCAAGACCAAGAACAAAAAGAGGGCAGUGAGGAACCUGCGAAAAGCCAGACCCAGAAGGAAGAAAACCGGAAGCAACGCAGGAGCCACCCUUACAAGCACGGCUUCCCGGCUCGCGGCGCGGCCAGCCGUUCUCCACCAAGGAAGCGGAGCAGCCAGGAGAAGUACGAAAAGCGGCCGAGCAAGCGGUGAGGCGGGCUGCAGACCCAGCACGACUGUUAGGAGCAGUGAGCUGUUCCACCUGGGAUUGGGGGGGUGUGCAGAGAAAGGUACUGAGGACAGACCUUGAGCUGGCAGAGCAAACGCCUAAGAGGGAUUUUGACAGUAGGCCCUUGUGGUUGCGACCAGCAGAAACAACCCAGAGGAAACCUUCAAGGAAGUGAGUCCAAAAAGACUCGCUCUGAAGACGUCUUGGCAAGUUUAAGCUACUUCAGCAGUGUAGUAUACAUAUGUAUUGUUUUUAGUUUAUUUUGUUUGGAAGUUGGUUUCAAAAUGAAUCUAGAACUUAAAAGUUUUCAGAGUUUGUUAAAACUAGUUCCAUUGUUUUUGAUGUGCUGCAAUUGUGGUCAUUUCUCAAAAUCUCUCAAAAAAUGGAAUACUUGUAAAUCCUAUACUUUACAUUUUUGAGUGACAAAUUUAAAAUUUAGAAAUCAUCUGGUCAGUAGCCAUAUUUAUGAAAAGUUAUAGCCCUCCAAGGGCUAGAAAUUGACCGAGAAACUCCUUGAUAGCUCUGCAUUUGUCUUCCUUUAAGUGAACAAUGUAGGAAAUUCUCAGAAUGAAUUUAGCACUCCAUAUCAAUAACCAGAGGUUAAAGAAUUGGCUCUGUUGUUUCCUUGUGCAUUCUCAAACUCAUUCCUAAGAUAGAACAAUUUUUCUAUAUUUACUGUUUUUGAAUAAGUUUUAAGUGGUACUUUAAAAAGAACUCUCAAAGCUUAAAAUUAAUUAUUUUAAUGCUAUGUCUUAUUUAGCUGAAGACCACUCUUAGUAUAGUUGUUUCAGAAAUCUUAAUUGUAAAUGUAAAAAUGUGUUUACAAGCCUUUUUUUUGUUUUUUCAGUAUCGGUGUGAAUCUGUUUUAACAUACAAUCACAAACCUUUCAAAGCUGUGUUCUUCCUUUCAUGUUCAGGAGAAUGUCACCAAGCACCCUCUUCCCAGGUCCACAAAAGGAAGAAGGAUCUGCCUCUGUCCCCCCUCCCCAGUUUUCUGAAGUGUCUGAGCUUAUGCCUGGCUGCUCCCAGAUAAUCGUUCUGCCGCAGCCUGCUCCCUGCUUCCUGGCAGCCAAGAAAAGCCCUUUCUAAAAGCUAGAAAGGAGGAUAGCCAAAAAGUUAGCUUUGGGGUGUUUAUAGAGAAACCAGAAUAGACCUUGUAUCAUUCCCCAACUCCAAGCUACUCUGCCACACCCUCAGUCUGCUCUGAGCUGAAGGCUCGGGAGUCCCAAACCCAAAGCGUUCUCUCUUGACCCUCCCCUUCCCCCACCCAGGACCCCAGGACCUCAGCCUCUCACUUUGUAACAACAUGCAUUCCUUUCAAACACAGAAGGAAUUUGGUUCACAUGACUUUAUCCAAAUCUAGUUAUGCAUUAGCCUGUUUUAUUUGUGCUAUAUUUGAAAUGUUUUGUAUUCAAAUAUUUAUUAGAAAUAGCAUAAAGUUGUGGAGGUUUUUAAAAAUUCUUGUUAUAAUUAAGUAAAAUAAAGUUGAAUUAAACCAUUUGUCUAUGCGCU